GAGUUGAGGGCUCCUCGUCGCAUUCACGCUGCUCAGCCCCGCAUCUGUCCUGCAACUCCGCAGCAAGUGUGUGGUAGUGUUUGGCCCACCAUCCAAGUGGACCAGGAGGGAGACUGAAUUACACGACACAGAAGCGAACAUCUGACACGGUUGCCUGCAGCCCCGCGGGUAGAUGCGCGCUCGGAGAUGCAAGCGUCACUCCUAAUGCUCAUUUGCGUCCUGGCUGCUGCCGUUGGCCAGGAGCCUGACCACAGCCACGGCUGUGCCCAUGGCAGCUGUUACCCAGCAACGGGGGACUUGCUGGUUGGACGAGAGAAGAACCUGAAAGCCUCUUCCACAUGUGGGAUGAGGAAGAAAGAGCCCUACUGCAUUGUCAGUCAUCUGCAGGAUGAGAAGAAGUGUUUCGACUGUGACUCUAGACGGCCAUAUGACCCAGUGUACAACACCAUUAAUCACCGGAUAGAGAACGUUAUCACCGCCUUCAAACCUCACCGCAAGAAGUCCUGGUGGCAGUCCGAAAACGGAAAGUCAGAUGUCUUUAUCCAGUUGGAUCUGGAAGCAGAGUUUCAUUUCACUCACCUAAUUAUGACCUUUAAGACUUUCCGACCGGCGGCCAUGCUGAUUGAGCGGUCAGCAGAUUUUGGUCGAACCUGGCAUGUCUACCGCUACUUUUCCCAUGACUGCUCUGCUAACUUUCCCGGAGUGUCCCAGGGUCCUUUGCGUAACAUUAAUGAUGUCAUCUGUGAGUCACGCUACUCUGACAUUGAGCCGUCAACGGAGGGAGAGGUUAUCUACAGAGUGUUGGAACCAGCCAUCAGGAUUGAGGAUCCAUACAGUCCAAGCAUCCAGAACCAGCUAAAGAUCACCAACUUGAGAGUGAACUUCACCAAGCUUCACACACUGGGAGACAACUUGCUGGACCCCAGAGAUGAAAUCAAAGAAAAGUAUUACUAUGCUAUAUAUGAGCUUGUUGUACGUGGAAACUGCUUUUGCUAUGGCCACGCCUCGGAGUGCGCCCCCAUCGAUGGCAUCAGGGACGAUAUAGAAGGAAUGGUUCAUGGCAGGUGUGUGUGUAACCAUAACACCAAGGGUUUGAACUGUGAGCAAUGUGAUGAUUUCCACAAUGACCUGCCUUGGAGACCAGCCGAGGGACGCAAUACCAACGCCUGCAAGAAGUGUAACUGUAAUGGCCACUCAACCUUGUGCCACUUUGACAUGGCGGUGUAUUUGGCCACGGGAAGUGUCAGCGGAGGAGUGUGUGAUGAAUGUCAGCACAACACCAUGGGACGCAACUGUGAGAUGUGCAAACCUUUCUACUACAAAGACCCAGUUAAGGAUAUCAGGGACCCACGGGUUUGCAUAGCUUGUGAUUGCGAUCCAGAUGGUUCUCUGAAUGGAGGGAUGUGCGAUAGCCACACCGACCCGUCACUCAGCAUGGUGGGAGGUCAGUGCCGUUGCAAGGCCAAUGUUGAGGGGCCACGCUGCGACAAAUGUAAGACCGGCUUCUUCGGCCUGAGCACUGACAACCCUCAGGGCUGCCAACCUUGCCAGUGUGACCAUAGGGGAACAGUGUCAGGUAGUUCCCAAUGUGACCCAGUCAGUGGUGACUGUUUCUGCAAGCGUCUUGUCACUGGACGCAGCUGUGACCAGUGUUUGCCGGAACACUGGGCUCUGAGCCACGACUUAAACGGUUGCAGAGGCUGUGAGUGUGAUAUCGGAGGAGCCCUGGACAACCACUGCUCCAUGGAGAGCGGUCAGUGUCGCUGCCGCAGUCACAUGACGGGACGCCAGUGUGCGCAGGUGGAGUCUGGAUAUUUCUUCAUGGCUCUGGAUCACUUCCUUUAUGAAGCUGAGUUGGCCAAAAUGGGGCAGGGCUGUACACUGGAGACUAGGGAGCACCUGCUGGGUCGCCCCGCCACAUGGACAGGCACUGGGUUCGCUCGGGUACCUGAGGGUGGCACCCUGGAGUUCCUCAUCAAUAAUAUCCCCUACUCCAUGGAAUAUGACCUGCUUAUCCGCUAUGAGUCACAGAUGCCCAGAGACUGGGAGGAGGUGCGAAUAAAAGUGAUCCGUCCGGGGCCGAUUCCUACCAGCAGCCUCUGUGGAAACACCAUCCCAGAUGAUGACAGCCUUACUGUCUCCCUACCAGCUGGAGCCAGGUUUAUGGUCCCUCUGCAACCUGUGUGUCUGGAGCAAGGUGUGACUUACACGCUCCGCUUUGAGUUCAGACGCUAUCAGGAUGCCAACACUAUCCUCAACGGAGCGGCCAAUGCUUUAAUCCUUGUGGACUCUAUUGCCUUGAUGCCACGCCACUCCUCCAUGGAGAUGUUCAACGCAGGGGAUCCAGCUUCUAACAUCAGGAAGCAGACGUUUGAGCGGUAUCGCUGUCAAGAGGGGGCGAAGAGUGUGACCCGCCCACUGAUGAGUGACACCUGUGCCAAGCUGAUCACCAGCAUGUCGGCCAUCAUAAAUGAUGGGGCUCUCCCUUGUAAUUGCGAUCCUCAGGGGUCCAUCAGCUCCAUGUGUGAUGUCCGCGGGGGCCAGUGUCGCUGUAGGCCAAAUGUGAUUGGACGACGCUGUGAGCAGUGCGCUCCGGGAACUUAUGGCUUUGGGCCCUCGGGCUGCAUAGCCUGCAGUUGCAGCUUGGAAGGCUCCGUGACUCGAUUUUGUGACAAGUAUACUGGUCAGUGCAAGUGCCGUCCAGGAGCGUUUGGUCAGCACUGCGACGGAUGCCAGGCGGGUCAUUGGGGCUUCCCCAGCUGCCGACCCUGCCAAUGCAACGGACACGCCGAAGAGUGUGACCAGAGGAGUGGCGCCUGUAUCAACUGCAGGGACAACACUGGAGGAGACAAGUGUGACAGGUGUGCCAAUGGUUACUAUGGUAACCCAGUUUUGGGCAAAGCGUCAGGUGGUCAUUGUCGGCCGUGCCCCUGUCCAGAUGGGCCCAAUAGUGGACGCCACUUUGCUGCAUCUUGUUACCAGGACAACCGUAACAGACAAAUUAUCUGCAACUGUAACCAGGGUUACACAGGUGCCCGAUGUGAGGAAUGUGCCCCAGGUUAUUAUGGCAACCCCUCUCAGCCCGGAGGGCGCUGCCAGCCAUGCCAGUGCAACAACAACAUCGACAUGUCAGACAUGGACGCUUGCAACAGGCAGACCGGAGAGUGCAAGAAAUGCCUUUACAACACUGAGGGCAGCAACUGUGGCAUCUGCAAGAGUGGCUAUUUUGGGGACGCUUCACGACGCAACUGCAGAAAGUGCACAUGUAACUUCCUGGGUACUGACCGCAGCCAGUGUAUGGAGCGUGAGGACUGUGUGUGCCAGCGAACCACAGGGCAGUGCCAGUGUCUACCAAACGUCAUAGGCCUGACAUGUGACCACUGCGCCCCCAACCACUGGAACCUGGCCAGCGGGAGGGGCUGUGAACCCUGCGGCUGUGAUCCCAACAACUCAGUCACGUCCUCAUGUAAUGAGUUCACUGGGCAGUGUCAGUGUCGUGACGGCUUUGGAGGGAAGACCUGCACAGACUGUCAGGAGAACUACUGGGGUGACCCCAGGACGCAGUGCCGAGCUUGUGACUGUGACUGGCGUGGCAUUGAGACCUCUCAGUGCAACCGGGUGACUGGCCACUGUGUUUGCCAGCAGGGGGUGUCAGGUGUCCGCUGUGACCAGUGUGCCAGAGGCUUCUCUGGUCAGUUCCCCAGCUGUCAGCCCUGUCACCAGUGCUUCGGGGACUGGGAUCGCAUCGUGCAGGACCUAGCAGUGCGUACCAAGGCCCUGGCAGAGCGUGCCCAUGAGAUUCAGACCACUGGGCUUACUGGGGCCUAUGAGAAGGCCUUUAGAGACCUGGAGGAGAAACUGGCACAGGCUCAGGGCAUUGUCAAUGCGCGCAACGCCACUGCUGCAGCCGUCGCUACCCUAAUGGAGCUUAUUGAAGAUCUUAGAGCGCAGAUCGGUGAGACCACUGACACCCUGAACCGUCUGGAAGGAGACCUAACCAUCGUCCAGGACAGCAACUCUGAGGCAAGCAAGGAGCUGAGUGCUCUGGAGAGAGAAGCUAAAGAACUUAACCUCACUUCAGAGCAGCUACACCACCAACUGGAUAUCCUAAAAAACUCCAACUUCCUAGGUGCGUACGACAGCAUCCGUAGCUCCUACAACAAAUCCCGUGAUGCGGAGCGGCGUGCCAAUGAAUCAACAACCACCAGGCCCAGCACAGUCAGCCAAUCUGCAGACACUCGCCGCCGCACCGAGCGCCUCAUCACCGCCAAGAAGGAUGACUUCAACCGUAAAAAUGCUGCUAAUAAGCGUGCGCUUGCAGACCUCAACACCAGAGCGCAGGGCUUGGACAUGAAGAAGAUCAAUGAGAAGGUUUGCGGCGCUCCAGGUGAUGCUCCCUGUGCAGAAAGUCCUUGUGGGGGUGCAGGUUGCCGUGACGAUGAAGGGAACCGUCACUGUGGAGGUCUAAACUGUAACGGCGCUGUAGCAGUAGCUGACAAUGCCCUGGAGAGAGCCAAACACGCAGAAAAGGAGUUGAAGAAAGCUAUGGGAGAGGUGGAGGGACUCUUUACCAAGGUGGCAGAGGCCAAGACCAAGGCAGAGGAGGCCAAGGGCAAAGCCCAAGCAGCUUUGGACAAAGCCACUGCCACCAAGAACAAAGUGGAGCGCUCCAACAAUGACCUAAGAGACCUCAUCAAACAGAUCAGAGACUUCCUUACUCAGGAGGGUGCAGACCCAGACAGCAUUGAGGCGGUGGCGAACCGUGUGUUGGAGCUCUCCAUACCCGCUUCGCCCCACCAGAUCAGACAUCUUGCUGAUGAAAUCAAGGAACGGGUUCGCAGCCUUUCGAAUGUCGACUCCAUCCUAGAACAGACGCAGGAAGAUGUCCGCAAGGCAGAGCAACUGCUGCUUGAUGCCAAGAGGGCAAGGCAUCAAGCUGAGGGGGUGAAGACCACCGCAGAGACAGUGAAACAGGCCCUGGUGGAUGCAAAGACUGCCCAGACAUCAGCAGAAAAGGCCAUAGCAAGAGCCAAAGCUGACAUUGGGGAAACUGAGGCCCGACUGGCACAGAUUGAGUCAGAGACAUCCAACAGUGAGAAGGACCUGAAUGAUGCCAUGUCCCGCCUGGGCACACUGGGACAGGAGAUCAGUGCCCUGAAGACCAAACGUGCCAACAACAGCAUGGCAGCAGCCCGAGCCGAAGAGACAGCCACCAUGGCACGAGACAAGGCAAACGAAGCCAAGCAGAUUCUAGACGGCCAGCUGACAGAUAAAUACCAUGAAGUGCAGCAGCGGGUUGACACAAAGGCCAAGGCUGUGAAGGAUGCCAAGAAAAGGGCAGAGAGCCUCAGAGAUGAAGCAAAGGAACUACUGAAAGAUGCCCAGAACAAGCUCCAGAGACUAGCAGAGCUGGAGAAAAACUAUGAGGAGAACCAGAGGAGGUUGGAGGGGAAAGCUCGUCAGCUGGAUGGCUUGGAGGACAAAAUGAAAGCCAUCCUCAAUGAUAUCAACAAACAGAUCCAGAUCUACAACACAUGCCAGUAGCUCACUACUCCAUGUCAUAAGAAAACAGGUCAAUGUGUUGUUCUACCAUUUCCUCCAGAUACAGUAACUGUACAAGAUACUUUGAAGAAUACAGUGAAAGAAGAUGGCUGGGUUGGUUAUUUUUUCACUUAGGUGAAUUUGCAUAUUUGUGGGUAAACUCUCUUUUAUGCAAGUAUUUAAAUCAGUUACUAUCAUAUUUAGAUAUUUUAAACACACUCAUGACUGAACGUGUAAAGGUUGUCUGAUGUCACAUAUUGUAUUUUAAUUCUAAUUUGUGCACAUUAUUUUUGUUUUUGCUUUUAAAAUAAUCUGGAAAUGUAUCUGUCUAAAUCAGAUUUGAAUAUGAAAAAUUAUUUUAGAAAAGUAAAAAAUACACAUAUUCGGGUGAAAAUAAUGCUUUGCGAACAGGUCAAUCUCACAGUGUCUUCACAACAACCUUUGGGUGCAUGAGGACAUAAAACAGAAUGAAAAUCUGUUUAACCAUGGUAUUUAUUUUGGGAAUGGUAGUAAAGAUAUGGUAAAGCCUUAAUUAUUUUCAAAUAAGCCAAAAUACAGAGAUGAGGGUAUAGUCACUAGAUCCUGUCCCUAUGUAGUUUAAAGGAAAUGUUGUUCAGUAGAAUAAAGAGAUGAACAGGAUUUUAAAUUGAGGAUUUUAAGAUAAAAAUUCCACCAACUGUGGUGCUAGAAAUUUGUCUUUUAUUAUGUAUAUUUUGUAUUAUGCCUUUAUACAAAUAACAGGGAAAUCAAUUACAUUUUUAUGUGACAAUGAACUGUGACUCUGCUAAACCAAUAACCAGCCCAAAAACCACCUCUGCCUGGAGUAGGAGGAUGGCUUUCCACUAAAACCACACAAGAGAAAUGCAGGGAGCAGAGUAAGCUAACAGUGUAUGCUAGCAGCACGACUGAUGCUAUAUCAGUUGGUCUGUAUGUGAACUGUCGUUUAGAACUAAUGAAACAAGAAGACAUUAUGGUCUAGCUAAGAAGCUCAGUCUAACAUGUUCUAAAUGGUCACUGUACAGAAAACAAACCCUUUUGAUUUAGGUAACAAAAUGGCAUGCCUUCUGGCACCACUCACAGGAAAAAACAUAAAAGACUAGUUAGUGAUUUUGAGAAACUUAUUUUAUUUCUUAACGAGAGUUAGACAAUAUAUCACACUUUAGGAGAAUUGUGAUGCUAUAGCCAGCAGCCAGUUAGCUUAGCGUAGCAUAAAGACUGGAAUCGAGAGGGGGGGCAGAGUAAACAAAAAAUAUUUAUUGUGUUGACUAGUGAACUUUAGGUUUACAUUUUGAUAAAGUAAGGCUAACUGUUUCCCAGUUUUUAGUCUUUAUGCUAAGCUAAGCUAACUCCCUUCUAUAACAGACGAAUAAGAGUGAUAUUGAUCUUCUCAUUAACUCUCCAGAAGAAAGCAAAUAAUUGUAAUUCCUGACAUUUUGAAUUAUUCCUUUUAUUCAUCACCAGGAUUAAUUUUUAUGAAUGCCAAAGCUGUGAUGCACAGAUUGUGAGUGUUUGUUUAUCAAAUGUACUAUGAUAGAAUAUAUAAGCUCUGCUGUAACUGAUGCCUCACUGAAGUGACAUAUAGUACGUGAAGUGUUUAAUUGUGCCUUAUAAUAUGCUAGUCUCAUGGGCAUUUCAUGUACUAUUUGCAUAACAAAUUGUGUUUAAGGAAACAUAACAAACCAAAAAAAUUAACUCUGUACACAUAUUUCCCUCAGAUUAUCUACAAACUGGCAGCCAUGUGAUUUUGAUCACUAGUUGCCAAAGCAAAAAUACAAAAAGAAGCUUGUGUAUAUUUUUGUGAAUAAAGGUUGGAUAACUUAACAUU